CCUCGUCCUCUUCGUUCGUCCUCAGUGCAGGAUAACGCGGCGCUCUCGAGCUCUUCAUUAGCAGAAACUCAAGCAAUUCUUAUAUUUAUUUAACAUUCAUAUUGAUUUCUUCCGCCCUACCAAACCCGUGAGGAAUUUGCUACUCUGCUCGUAGUUUUAAAAGGUGUCUAAACGUUCAUCAUCGUUGACGACAAUGGAAGUUAUUGUCCGUCGCUGUCCCUUUCUGGCAUGUGUGCCACAGGCUUUUUUCCAGCAGUCCAGGAAAUCCAUGGUGACUUAUGCUCAACGAUGUCCCAUCAUGAUGGAACUGGCUUCAAAACCUAUGGCUCCGUCAAUGGCACGGGCUCUGUGCUCUUCAACUUCCAAUCAAAGGACUGAGAUCAAGGCUGGAAAUGAAGCCCCUGUGGUGGGAAUAGAGUCCAAGUUGCCUACUGGUCAUCCUGUGCCAACUACAUGCCAGGGAGUGGCUUCCAAAUGCCCCUUUCUGGCUGCUGAAAUGAAGCAGAAGAACAGCGCUGUGGUCCGCCAGGUUACCAUGGAGUUCCAGGAGGAUGUUGAGGAAGUGCGCACUGUUCAGAAAGAGAUUUCACCUGCCAAGUUGAAAGAGCCAUCCUUGACUAUCAGUAAAGUGGGAGACCAAAGUAAUUUGAUGAAGACUCUCCUGAAGCAGCGUCCCAAGAGGGUUACCCACCUGCUACAGGACAACUUGCUUGGCAGAAUGUCCCGCUUCCAGUACGAUGACUUUUUUGAGAAGAAGAUAGAAGAGAAAAAGAAUGACCACACCUACAGGGUGUUUAAGACUGUGAACCGCCUGGCCACUGAAUUUCCGAUGGCGGACGACUUCACAGGGUCGCUGGAGGAUAAGCGGGAAGUGUCCGUUUGGUGCAGCAACGACUAUCUGGGCAUGAGUCGACACCCUCGAGUUGUAAAGUCCAUCAUGGACACUUUACAAAAGCACGGAUCAGGUGCAGGGGGAACCAGAAAUAUAUCUGGGACCAGCAAAUUCCAUGUGGAGCUGGAACAAGAGCUGGCUGACCUCCACAACAAGGAUGCUGCUCUGCUCUUCACCUCCUGCUUUGUUGCCAAUGACUCCACACUUUUCACCCUCGCCAAGAUGCUUCCUGGUUGUGAGAUUUACUCAGAUGCAGGCAACCACGCGUCAAUGAUCCAGGGCAUCCGGAACAGCGGCGCUAAGAAGUUUAUUUUCCGCCACAACGACUUGGCUCAUCUCAGAGAGCUGCUGGAGAAAGGAGACCCCACCAAACCCAAAAUUGUGGCGUUUGAGACUGUCCACUCCAUGGAUGGUGCUGUGUGUCCCCUGGAGGAGAUGUGCGACCUGGCUCAUGAGUUCGGCGCCAUCACCUUCGUUGACGAGGUUCACGCUGUGGGUCUGUACGGGGCCAGAGGAGGAGGAAUCGGAGACAGGGAUGGCGUAAUGCACAAGAUGGAUAUCAUUUCAGGAACUCUAGGGAAAGCUUUCGGAUGUGUCGGGGGCUACAUUGCUAGCACCUCUGCCCUCGUGGACACUGUGCGCUCCUACGCAGCCGGUUUCAUUUUCACCACCUCCCUGCCCCCGAUGCUUCUGGCCGGUGCCCGGCAGUCGAUCCAGACCCUCAAAGGGGAAGAAGGCCGCAUGCUGAGGCGUAAACACCAGCGCAACGUGCAGCUGCUCAGACAGAUGCUGAUGGAUGCAGGGCUGCCUGUUGUGCACUGCCCUAGCCACAUUAUCCCUGUUCGGGUGGCAAACGCUGAGAAAAACACAGAGGUGUGUGACAUCAUGAUGAGUCGCCACAACAUCUACGUGCAGGCCAUCAACUACCCCACUGUUGCAAGAGGGGAGGAGCUUCUGCGCAUUGCCCCAACCCCUCACCACACCCCAGAGAUGAUGAAAUACUUUGUUGAGAAACUGGUGCAAACGUGGAAGGAGUCGGGCCUCGGGCUGAAGCCCCACUCAUCGGCAGAAUGCAACUUCUGCCAGCAGCCGUUGCACUUUGAGCUGAUGAGCGAACGAGAGAAGUCGUACUUCAGUGGCCUCAGUCACCUCAUCUCAGCCCGUGCAUAACACUACACAUCACUGCUAGCUUAAACUGGCACAUAAACAUUCAUUCCUCAGUCGCUGUCAUAGAAUGUAUUAGUUAUCUUUGAUAUGUCUUAUUAUAUGUAAUAUUUAAAGUAUUCUAUCUUCAGAUGUUCUAUAAUCUUCAAAUAAAAUGUAAAAGGAAAA